AUGUGCUUGAAACUCGAAAGCUCUUUCGUUGAGGUUGGCAAGGUUGUAGCUUCAUUUGGGCUGCCCCUGGAUAUCAUUGAUGAUGCUGAACAUUUAACUCAAGGACCAUCCCAGCUCUGUGCUCAAAUGCACAGUAUGUGUAGAAAUACUAGAGCACAUAUCAUGUCAAAGCACGAUGGGUUGUGGCUUGGAAUGGAAAACAAGGGGAAUGUGCUGAUGCAAAAGUAUGAGAUAGGGAGAUUGUUGGGCCAAGGAACUUUUGCCAAGGUCCACCAUGCAAGGAAUCUCAAAACUGGCAUGAGUGUAGCAAUCAAGAUGAUUGACAAAGAGAAGGUAUUGAAGGUUGGGAUGAUGGACCAGAUUAAGCGAGAAAUUUCUGUCAUGAGACUGAUUAGGCAUCCGAAUGUGGUGGAACUUUAUGAGGUGAUGGCCACCAAAUCUAAGAUUUACUUUGUCAUGGAAUAUGUUAAAGGUGGUGAACUGUUCAACAAGGUUGCCAAGGGAAAGCUCAAGGAGGAUGUUGCAAGGAAAUAUUUUCAACAGUUGAUCAGUGCAGUUGAUUACUGUCACAGUAGAGGAGUCUCUCAUCGUGACCUGAAACCAGAAAACCUGCUGUUGGAUGAGAAUGAGAAUCUAAAGGUUUCUGAUUUUGGAUUAAGUGCUCUGGCUGAAUCUAAACGGCAAGAUGGGUUGCUACACACAACCUGUGGAACCCCUGCUUAUGUUGCUCCAGAAGUGAUAAACAGAAAAGGCUAUGAUGGAGCUAAAGCAGAUAUCUGGUCAUGUGGGGUGAUCUUAUAUGUUCUACUGGCUGGCUAUCUCCCAUUCCGUGAUCCAAAUCUGAUGGAGAUGUAUAGAAAGAUUGGGAAGGGAGAAUUUAAAUACCCCAAUUGGUUUGCACCUGAAGUACGCAAGCUCCUAUCAAAGAUACUGGAUCCAAACCCAAAUACAAGAAUAUCCAUGACCAAGAUAAUGGAAAAUUCUUGGGUUCGAAAGGGUUUGCAAUCAAGACCCUCACCUCGCGAAGCAGAAGUGAAAGAACCAUCUCCUCUGGGCUGUGACGCUGUAUUUAACGUAGAUGAGAAUAGCUGCACUGCCAUGGAACCAAAGUUAGAAUUGGCAAAGCCUUGCAACUUAAAUGCCUUUGAUAUUAUCUCCUAUUCUGCAGGCUUUGACCUGUCUGGCUUAUUUGAGGAGAAAGAGCAGAAGAAAGAUGUGCGGUUCACAUCAAACAAGCCUGCCUCCACCAUCAUCUCUAAGCUUGAAGACGUAGCGAAGCAUAUGAGGCUGAAAAUAACGAAAAAGGAUGGAGGUUUUCUGAAAAUAGAAGGUUCAAAGGAAGGCCGGAAAGGAGUCAUGGGCAUUGAUGCAGAAAUCUUUGAGAUCACUCCUUGUUUCCAUUUGGUGGAAAUGAAAAAGUCCAGUGGAGAUACCAUGGAGUACCAGAAGGUACUGAAACAAGACAUUCGACCUGCACUCAAGGACAUUGUUUGGGCGUGGCAAGGAGAACAGCAAAGGCAACAACUACUACUAGAAGAGCAACUGGAGCUACAGUCUUCUCAUGAAUCCACAACGCAGGAUGUCUCAACUCAGGAUUCAGCAUAA